GAUAUCACCAGGAAUGCCAUGCACCAAACAUACCUAACAGUGCCUUAGAAUUUGAUGCCCCUUGGAUGUGUAUUUAUUGCACAGAGGAAACUAUAUGUCCAUAUUAUGAAAAUCCAUUUGAUCAGAAAAAUCAUAGUGGCAGAAAUUCAGCUGACUCUUCAGACACAGAAAUAGACUUUGAAUCAUCAGAUCAUAGGAACAUCACAGAUCAGAGUAUAGGAAAACAAAGUUCCCAUCAAAUGGAUAAUGAAACAUGUAAUGAUGCAGAAAGAAGAAAGGAACAUACCAAAGUUACUUCCCUUAGUCUCGCCCGUAAGCUAAGCUGCAUAGAUACAGCUAAUGAUAGUGAUUGCUAUGCUUCAGACAAUACAAGAGGAAAUGAAGGAAAGAGUGCAGUGAAAAGAAAUAUAGAUAAUUAUUCUUUGAAAGGCCACAUUAGAAGGUCUUUAUCAAGGGAAGGUGCCAUAAGAAAGUCAUCAAAGUUUCUGAAACAGACAUUAUCUCCACGAAGUAUUGCAAUGUACAGUCAUUUGGCAUCUAGAAAAAAUUCUGUGAAAAAAGGUGGAAUGCAAGGCAAGUUAACACUAGCAAAGCCUACUGCUGCAAAGGUUGAGGAUGAAUGUGGACAAAAAAACAAGUCAGAAUUGCCUAAAGAAUCUAAAAUGGAAAAGCCUGUUUCAUUGGAAAGGUUACCACAUAAUUUCUCACAGCAUAACAUCAAGUUCAAGAGAAGUGUGUCAAUGCCAGAGAGAGAUAAAGGAGAAAAAGACCCAUUCCAAGUAGGGCAGAACAAUUUACAGCAAAUGAGAUUUCAUAGUUCUUUUCAGCACAAAGUUAAUUCUUCAUCCAAGAUGCCUGGAUGGAAUGAAAAGUUUCUAGAAAAGUAUAAAAUACCAUACAUCAAAAAGCCAAACUCAUUGGUAAUAAGCAAGAAAGAUGAAAACAAGAAUCAUGCUUGUGGCCAAACUGACUUUAUCAAAAGCUCUAGGGACCAAAGCUGUAGGGAAGACCCAUUACUUGUGUAUUUAGAAAAACAGAAGGAGCUUAGUCAAGCAAAGCAGAACAUCAAAAAGUGUGAAAAUAACAGUAAUUCUGUGAAAACAGUUCUUGCUUCAGCUCGAUCAGCAACACAACCUUAUAGAAAGGGACAUAGUCUUACUAUUGAAAUAAAGAAUAUGAACAGUAGCAAUGUUGCAGUUCCAAAGUCUCAAAUAAAAGAAACAGCAACACCAGUAGUUGUUGAAAAUUGUUCUGCUACCAAGGACACUCAUCGAAUAGAACAGGAAAUUCCUUUGAUUCUGUUUCAUCAACGAAAGCAAUCAACAUCAAUGACUCAGAAGGAGUCCAAUGAUAACAUGAGUCUUGAUAAUAUUGACAAUACAAAAAAAAAAUGUAAUGAUGAGGAGAAUGGUAAUUGUAACCACCAAACUAACCAGGAUAGAUCUGGUAAAAAAGUGCACAGUGGAAAUAUUUCUGAAUCAAAGAACAAUACACCUUUAAAAGGAGAUGUGUUGAUACAGACACUUGAAAAUGUACCUCCUAUAAUGCCUGACAGGUUUCUUGCUAGCGACACAGAUGUGAGUGAUGAAGGCAUUGGAGAUGAUGAAAAGGCUGAAUGUAGUUCCCUAACUAAACUUGAAUCACACAUGAACCUUGCUAAUUAUUCUGACGAGGCGAAUACAACUGAAAUUUGUUAUGAGCCACCCAAAUUAUAUUUUGACAAUAAGCAAGAAUGCAAUUUAGAUGACAGUACAAUUCUUAUGAAUGAAAUGCCAAAGCUAAUUCCAAUUAAAAAUAUAAACUUCAACGGCAAUAACAACAACCUUAGAAGUGUAGACAGCAAACGAAUAAACCAAGAUAAACCUUCACUUCCUUGCAAUGAUAUUAUGAAAACGGCAACUAAACCAUUAAACACUGCCAGCAGUGGACACUUUACACAUAAGAAUUGGAGGAAAGUUGUAACCAUAGAAGAAAAUUCCACAGAUAUCAUUAAAAUAGUUACUGGGUCACAUGAAACAGAACUAGCUGCUGAAAAUACAGAAUUAUGCAAUGUUAACAAAAAUGAAUCUGAAAAUGGUGUAUCUUCAUUAUUAUGUAAACAAACAUCUGAAGAUAUUUCAAAUGGAUCCCCGAAGAACAAUAAUAACACAGACAAUGUUAAGUUGGUUGUAUCAAUUCCUCUGGAUACAAUAACUACCAGCAACAACAACCAUGCUGAAAUAAAAACAGCUCAUGUAUCAACACAUCAACCUGAAUGUGAUGUUAUACAACUUGCGGAGCAUGAUAGAGCUGUUGAAGAACUUUUGGAGUUGGUGAUAAAUGACGAUGAAGCUUUGACAACUGACACCAAAUCAUGCCAAUCUGUUGAAAAACCUGAUAGUUUUGUAGAAGAAAGUGAUAACGGAAUGAGAAACACUGUACAUAGAGAAAAGGCAUGUGAAGUAAAGAAUGAAAUUACUGCCAACUUAGAGAGGGUAGAUCGUAAUGAACAGAUUACAACUGCUGCUAAGUUAUCUCAGAAAGAAGAUGUAUUAGAAAUGAAUGAUGGUGCUACUGAGGGUCAAGAAAAAAAUUAUGAAAAUGUUACAAGCCAGCUAUCCUUAGUUAGCGGGAGAAACACAAAUGAGUUACAGCCUGAUAAUGGACAUCUGCAUUUAAAUGUCACUGGGACAGAUAAAGAUGAAAAUCAUGUGUCGGGGAAAGGUUGGCAAGAAAGCAAACAUUGUGGAGAAGAUGUUACGCACACAGUGGAUCGCUUGUUGGAUGGAGUGGUUGCAGCUACCACACAUAAACAAAUACCGAUCAUUAAGAAGACAGACAAACUCCUGCCUGAAAUCAAUGGUAAAGAGAAUAAGCAGCAUGGAACAGAGCAUGGUACAAUGUCUACCCUGGAAUACAAUGAUCACAAAACAGAAGAGACUGCUGGAGCGAACUUGGGCAAGGGAGAAAGGUUUUUGUCCAAUAUAAUAGAUCAGUUGACCAAGGAUCUUCAUGGGAAACAUGGUAGUGAUUUUGACCAACUUCUAGAUGAAACUGAUGUGAAUCAUACAGUAGGGAAAAUGCAUGAUUUGGAACAUAGCCACCAAAAAGAAAAUGUCAAACAAUCUCCCAGACUGUCAAGAAGAGCAGGAAGGAUAAUAACAGAAGAGAAAGGGAAUACAGGAAACAAAGCAUACGAUGACACCACGUCACAAGAGUCUUCUACUGAGAGUACAGGUGCAGAUGGGGAAAGUGUGCCUGAUUCUUUGAAAAAAACAAGGAAAGGCAAAAGGGGCAGAUUGAAGAAAGGAACAACAGAAGGAAAUUCAGCAGGGAACAAGAAGCAGAAAACAUCCUGUGUUACUCCAGUGGACUGUUCUACCAAUGUGCGAUUAGCCCAGGACUUGCCACGGCAUAAUUGGUUGAUGGAAAAACAUCUGAAUGAAAAAAAUAAAAAGACCUUCACUAACAAAGAAGCAGAAAUAAAAGAAGUGUCUUCUAGCAUAACUAGCCCUGAAUCCAAAGAUUUUGAUGCAAAUAAUGUUGAUGACCCGGGAGAUGAAUAUGAAUGUGUUAAUGUUUCAGAGGAGAGUUCAAGUGAUCCAUUGAAAAAGAUAUUCAAAAAAAAAGUAAUUGCAACUGAGAAGAAUAGAUCCACAACUUCAAAAAAAUCAAAACCAAGAAAAGAUAUUAUGAAAGAAUCUGUAGAACCUAAAGAAGAUGAUUCUCAAGAUCAAGAACUACAUCCUUCUCCAGAGUUUGAACAGCCUUUAGAUCUAAGUUUUAAAUCUACAUCUAUAUUGUCAGAAGUCAUUACACCAGACAAUAAUAUGCAAAUGAACUCCAACUGCAUUGAUGAUGAGCAUGCUGCAGUUGAAUUGAAGAUUAAAAGUAUUCCUAAAGGCCCUCCGCCAUUAAAGAAAGAUCCUUUAAUACCUGUAAAGCCAGCUGUCGCAAAGCAAUCCCGACUGAGUGAAGAGACAAAUGAAAGCACACAAGGUGUGAACACUGUUGCAGUUGAGGCACAGUCAUGUGAUGAAAGUACCAAGAAAUUGAACCAGGAUGUUCCCAAGGUCGUUCAAGAAGUAUCUGUUGAUAAGAAUAUAUAUUUGGCUCAACAAAACAAGAACACAGGGUUCUACCAAGGAAAUACACCAAUUUUGAAAGUCCAUCCCCUAAAGAAGCAGACUGCACCUGAAACUCUUAUAUGUUCACAGCUUGAAACUAAACCUGCAGAAAUGUGUGUUGUUGGUACUGGAGGUGAAGCAAUAAAUGAAAAGACGCAGUCAGAAAAUACAGUCGCUGGUGCUGCACAAGAUAUAGUUGAUGGCAGUGCAAAUGUCACAGUGAGAGCAACAGCCUAUCCUUUGAUGUGUGCAGGGACAAAUCAGGCAGUGGAAUCAAAAUAUCCAGCCAUGCAAAUUGACCAGCAAGAUGCUGUAACACCGGUCAUGGGCUAUAAAGAAGUUCAGACAACUCAUCUUCAUUAUGGAAACCAGUCAUGUUUGCCAAAAAGGUUCAGACCAACUCUCAUUACGCAUAAAGGAGAAUCUCUUAUUCCAGCUCGUGCUCUUGGGUCUGGUGAACAGAGUGCAUUCAGACCACCAGCUGAGAAAAAUGUCUCUUGUUCUUAUAUGAUGAAAAUAGAUGAUAAUUGUCCUUGCCAUGGGAAAAGACACCCAGAUCAUUCCAAUGUACAGCAACAUUUACACCAAGUACCAAAAGAACCAACUACAUCACAAAAUCAAGAACCAGUACAAAAUUGCACAGGACAGAUUGUAACACACAAUACAACUAUGACCCAGAUACAGCUGCAACCAGCAAAUCAAAAUAUACAAACUGAACAUUGUUCACAGCAAGGAUCACAGGAAUGCAACAUGAUAUCAUCUGCCCAUGCAGACUGGGUAGUACAGAAUCAAAGGAAAAAAGUAGAGAAACGAGGCAAUCCUGGUGUAAUGACAAAUUUGGAGCGAAUGUCACAAUCUACAAUUGAGAGUUCUUUCAGGGAUCCCAAUAUGAGACCAGAACACCAGAAUCAAAAACCUCAAUCUGUAACAGAAAUAAUGCCAGAAAUGAGAACAAACCACGGAAAUAGUGGAUUAAUGCAAAUUUCUCCAAAGCGACAGCAUGAAAACAAAACAGAUGAUGAGCCACAAAGAAAGUGGUCAGCUCUACCUUCUCAAUCUGAUGUAAGUGCCUCAAUCCACAGUAAAGGAGUUGAUAUCCACAAAUCAGCAUCAAUGAACACAAUGCCAAGUAGACCACUUUCACACUAUCUAGAUGGUCGAAAGGAACAUAAUCCUCCUACUUUGCAAAGCCAACAACAAACAAACAAUGUAAAAAGACAGGAAAAUAAUGUUAUAUUGACACAGCGACACAAAUCCAUAGUGGAAGCACACGCAAAUGGAUCAUUGAUGCAAGCUCCAAUACAGGAAAUUCUAAUAGAUACCCACAAAAUGAAUGAUCCAAACUUAAGGGAGAAAGUUGUCAAUCUACAUGACAUUCAAGCAAGAGAGUACAUUAUAGAGCAAGAAUUCCUCCAUCAUAAAAGAGAACUUGAGAGACUUGCUGCCAUUGGAAGUUUGAAGGAAAAAGAGAGAGAAGAUUUGAUUCAGAAACAAAAAGACAAAGCAGAACUUUUGAGAAAAAUGCAAUAUGCAAGGGAAAAGAUACGUCUUGAUAGGGAACUUUUACAGAAAUUCGAACAACAGCAGUUGAAACGAAUGGGAAAUAAGAUGCCCCAAGCAAGUAACUUGAAUCACACACAAGCAGUGCUACAAAAUCAACAUGCUCAUACAAGCAUUCAUGGAGAUGGAAAUAAUAUGCAUGACGUGUCUAUAAAACAUAGCUGCAGAGAAGCGAAGGAGAAUGCACUGGGUUAUAGAAUGACUGAAACAGAGCGAAAGCAGUUUGAUGAACAUUUUGACUCAUUAAGAAGUCAAGAUAUUGAGAGAGCCAAUGUGGUAAAUAAUUACAAUAUUCAAAAACAAUGUCAGAGUAAAAGGGGAGCUUUGGGAUUAUCUACAGCACAACAGGUAGUUAGUGAUUCUCGCAUGAUAGCUCAGCAGAAACAAGCAUUUCCAAUGACUGUCAUGCAAAGCAACAAGAAUGAUUCACAGCUGGAAGGGCUUGUGCCAGCGCAUGCCCUCACUCACCUAUCAUCCAAAGAGCAGAUCAUAAUGCAUCAGGAAUAUUUACAAAGAAGACAAGGAGCUGGAAGUCAGCAGAUUCAACACCAGCAUCACCAGCAGGUGCAAGCAGUUUCUGGGCAACCACAGUUCCAGUAUCAUCGUCAACAGCAGCAACAACAGCAGCAUAAUCAACAUCUACAUCAGCAGCAGCAACUUCAACAACAUUACAAUCAACAGCAACGUCAACAACAACAACAACAACAACAACAACAACAACAACAGCAACAGCAGCAGCAGCAACGACAACAACUACAACUACAACAACAACAACAACAGCAACAGCAGCAGCAGCAGCUUAUUCUGUCAAGAGCAAAUGCAACAGGAACACAGAUUCGACCUGAGCUGGCUGCCAUCCUGCCUAGUAUGCCAACCACAUUACAUGGUAAUGUACCAUUAUCAAUGGAACUACAACAUGGAACUCCUUUUCAUAAUGCUCCGGGAAUGACUGGCCAGAUCAGAAAUAACAUGCAGAUUCACCAAUCAUUGAUGCAGCAAAAAAUGCCAGCUCCUGUUUUGACAGCAUCUGGCCAGAUGCAACAACCAGUGGUGCCCACAUCUGAUGUAGGACAUCCUGUCUCCCAUCAAGUUCACUUGAAUCAAAUGUCUCAUGCACAGAUGCAGCAAAGACAAUCCCACAUGUAUAGAGGACAUAUACCAUCCACAGUUGGUGGACCUAUCAAUCCACUUCCAUACCCAAAUCUUCCUGGUACUACAGUGGCUCAAAUGAUUAGAACUCAAGGACAUCCAAUGAACAUGCAGCAGAAGCACCAACAACAGCAUAACCAACAGAUUAGAGAAAUAAGACCACAAAUUCCACAAGGGCACAUCCCAAAACGUCAUCCACUGGAGGUUAACAAAAUUCUUGGUAAUAUAUAUGGUGUCUUCAAAGAUAACGAGCAGAAAAUAUUGCAGAGUCAGCAACAACAACAACAACAACAGCAGUUACAACAUCUACAUCACCAGCAUCAACUACAGCAGCAGCAGCUACAGCAGCAGCAGCAUCAACAACGACAACAACAGCAGCAGCAACGCCAACAACAAUUACAAGUUCAGCAACGAUUGGAUGCAGCGGACUAUCGACAUAGGAGAGCCAGUGAACAAAAAAAUGCUUUAUUGCAGCAAUCUCCUCAGCAGCUUGAACAAAUAAACCAUGCCAAUGAACAGGUUGUUUCAACUGGAGGAGCAGUGGAAAAACCUGCACAAAAAAGUCCAUCUCUCCACAAGGAAAAAGGUUCCCCUAUUACAAGAAGAAUCGGACCAGAUCAUACCCGCAUGGUUCAUUUGAUUGCCCAACGAGAGCAUGAAAGACAGUCAGUUACAAUACAGAAACCUCAACAAGGUCAGAAUGUUACUCAAGGUAAUAGUUUUACAAUCCUUGCUGCAAAUGGUCAAAUGGUUUCAGAGUCUGCAGGGAAUAUGACAAUGGUACCAGUCUCUGCUGAAAGCGCACAUGCAGCACCAAGUUCAGCACAAACAAAGGUAAUGACUAUGCAGCAUAUGGAUUCUGGGGGACCGAAAGAAACAGCCCCAAUAUCAAAUAAAUCAGAUGUUAUUGUCCUAGAUGAUGAUGACAUGUCAAGUGAAAAGGAAGAGGUCGUCACAGAGAUAGAAGACAGUGGUACACAUUAUUGCGUUCUAUGCAAGAAAGAGGCAUCUUUCUUGUGCUCAGGAUGCAAAAAGUCAUGGUAUUGCAGCCCAAAGUGCCAAAUGAAAGCAUGGGACAAGCAUUGUGCUGAAUGUGAAUAA